GAACAAAACCACGCUCUCCACGAAAGACAGACGAAGGCCAACACUCGUGCACAAGCGCGACUCCCCUUGGACUCUCUUCUUCUUCUCCCUCUCGCUCCGCUCCGCUCCAGCGGAAGCUCCGCUCUCGCCAUUUCCCGCAAGGGUUUGAUGGUGGCGUGAACUUCUCCCCGCCGUCGCAACCAUGUACAUCAAGAAGGUUGUAAUCGAAGGCUUUAAAAGCUACAGGGAGGAGACGUCGACGGAGCCUUUCAGCCCCAAAGUUAACGUAGUUGUUGGCGCAAAUGGAUCGGGCAAAUCAAACUUUUUCCAUGCUAUACGCUUUGUCCUGAGCGACAUGUUUCAAAAUCUGCGCAGUGAGGAUAGGGGAGCUCUUCUCCAUGAAGGUGCUGGACACUCAGUUGUAUCUGCUUUUGUUGAGAUAGUGUUUGAUAAUUCAGACAACCGUAUUCCAGUUGAUAAAGAAGAGGUACGCUUGCGAAGGACGGUUGCUUCAAAGAAGGAUGAAUACUACUUGGAUGGGAAACAUGUCAGUAAAACUGAAGUCAUGAAUCUACUGGAGAGUGCUGGUUUCUCUCGCUCUAAUCCAUACUAUGUUGUCCAGCAGGGGAAGAUUGCAUCCCUUACUCUAAUGAAAGAUUCUGAACGACUGGAUCUUCUCAAAGAGAUUGGUGGUACACGUGUUUACGAAGAUAGACGCCGGGAAAGCUUGAAAAUAAUGCAAGAAACAGCCAAUAAAAGGAAGCAGAUUGAUCAAGUUGUCCGCUAUCUGGAGGACCGACUGAGAGAACUUGAUGAAGAGAAGGAAGAACUCAAGAAGUACCAGCAGCUGGACAAACAAAGAAGAUCACUUGAAUAUACUAUAUUGGACCAUGAACUAAAUGAUGCUAGAAAUGAAUUAGCCUCGAUGGAUGAUAAUCGAAGAAAAAUUUCUGAAAGGAUGUCGAAUGCUGACAAUGAAGUGGUAGAUUUACGUGAGAAGGUCAAGAGUUUUGAUAAAGAAAUAAAAGUCUCUACAAAAGGGAUUACUGAAACCAGGUCUGAAAAGGACGAUGCAGAGAAGAAGCGUACUGAGGCACUAAAGGUAGUCUCUCAGAUUGAACUUGAUCUGAGAGAUAUAAAAGACAGAAUUUCGAGUGAAAAACGAGCAAAGGAUGAAGCCAUAAGGGAUUUGCAUAGCAUGAAGAAAGAAAGUGAAAAGUCAAAAUCUGAAUUGGCUCAAAUUAGUAGGGUGCACGCGGCCAAAUUGAAAGAAGAGGAAGAGAUAUCGAAAAGCAUAAUGGACCGUGAGAAGCGGCUGAGUAUAUUGUACCAAAAGCAGGGGAGGGCAACUCAAUUUAAGAAUGAGGCUGCCAGAGAUGAGUGGCUUAGGAAAGAAAUCCAUGAUCUUGAGCGUGUACUUUUGUCAAAUAGAAAGCAGGAAAGCUUACUUCAAGAUGAAAUUCAGAAGCUUAAAGAUGAAAUUAAUAACUUGACGAACUACAUUGAGUCCCGGAAAAGCGAAUCAAGCAAGUUAGAGGCUGCUCUCGCAAACAAGCAAAAGGAUCACAAUGACUUUAUGAAGCAGAAAAAUGCACUUCAAGAUGAAAGAAAAUCAUUUUGGAAGGAGGAAAAUAGUGUGACAGCUGAAAUCAAUGGGCUAAAGGGUGAUCUUGUCAAGGCACAGAAGAGUUUGGACCAUGCAACACCUGGGGAUAUCAGGAGAGGACUCAAUUCUGUUAGCAGAAUCAUCAGGGACCAUAAUAUUGCAGGCGUUUUUGGUCCAGUGUUAGAACUGGUUGACUGUGAAGAGAAGUUUUUUACGGCUGUGGAGGUCACUGCUGCAAAUAGCUUGUUCCAUGUGGUGGUUGAAAAUGAUGAUAUAUCAACAAAGAUAAUUCAGGUAUUGACGCGAGAAAAAGGUGGAAGGGUGACUUUCAUACCACUGAAUAGAGUGCAUGCUCCGAACGUCAAUGUUCCACAGAGUUCUGAUUUUGUUCCAUUGUUAAAGAAGUUGAAGUUUCGUCCUGAUCACCGUCGUGCUUUUGAACAGGUUUUUGGUAGGACAGUUAUAUGCCGAGACCUGGAAACUGCGACCAGAGUUGCACGCAGCAAUAGUCUAGAUUGCAUCACACUUGAUGGUGAUCAAGUAGCAAGAAAAGGUGGCAUGACAGGAGGUUUCUAUGACUCUAGACGCUCAAGACUGAAGUUCGUAAAAAUAAUCAGGGACAAUAAAACAGAAAUUGAGAAAAAGACGGCACAUUUAGAGAACGUGGGGAAAAAGCUAAAAGAUAUAGAUAAAAAAAUCACGGAUUUGAUUACCAAACAUCAGCAAAUGGAUGCUGAACGUGAUCAUGCCAAAUCGGAGCUGGAACAGUUUAAAGUUGAUAUUACCAGUGCAAUGAAGCAGAUGGGAGCACUUGAGAAAGCCCUUGGAAAGAAGGAAAAAUCACUUGACAACAUCCGCAAUCAAAUUGAGCAAAUCCAGUCUGGCAUCACAAUGAAGAAUGAUGAGAUGGGAACUGAACUGAUUGACCAGUUAACUUUAGAAGAAAGAGAUCUUCUUUCACGAUUGAAUCCUGAAAUCACGGGAUUGAAGGAGAAGUUCCUCUCGUGUAAAAACAGUCGCAUCGAGAUUGAAACAAGAAAGGAAGAACUGGAGACUAAUUUAUCAACUAAUCUUAUGAGGCGUCAGAAAGAGCUGGAAGCAAUCAUUUCAUCUGCAGAUUCUAAAACCUUGCCUGUUGAAGUCGAGUCAAAAGAGCAAGAAUUGAAACAGUCGAAGAGAACUCUUGAUGAGGCGACUACAGUACUGAAAGCUAAUGUUGAUGCUAUUAAUAACUUCACGAAAAAGAUGGAGCAACUGAAACGACAAAGGGAUGAUCUGAAGGCUCUUGAAGCUAAGUUGGAGCAGACUGUGCAAGAUGGGGCGAAGGACUUGGAACAGUUGAUGAACAGUAGGACCGUGUAUCUAGCCAAACAAGAUGAGUGUAUGAAGAAAAUCCGAGAUUUGGGCUCAUUGCCUGCUGAUGCAUUUGAGGCGUACAAGAGGAAAAACAAGAAGCAGCUACAGAAGCUGCUUUAUGACUGCAAUGAGCAGUUGAAGCAAUUUAGUCAUGUCAACCAAAAGGCUCUUGACCAGUAUGUGAACUUCACUGAACAACGUGAACAACUACAGAGAAGACGGGCUGAACUUGAUGCUGGUGAUGAGAAAAUUAGGGAAUUGAUAUCAGUUUUAGACCAGAGGAAGGAUGAAUCAAUUGAACGCACAUUUAAAGGAGUUGCAAAGCACUUCCGUGAAGUGUUCGCUGAAUUAGUGCAAGGUGGCCACGGGUACCUGGUUAUGAUGAAGAAAAAGGAUGGUGAUGCUGGCGAUGAAGACAAUGAUGAGGAUGGACCUCGUGAACCAGAUCCUGAAGGGAGAAUAGAGAAGUAUAUUGGUGUGAAAGUCAAGGUUUCCUUCACUGGCAAGGGAGAAACUCAGUCCAUGAAACAACUGUCUGGAGGACAGAAGACAGUGGUGGCAUUAACGCUGAUUUUCGCCAUCCAACGAUGUGAUCCAGCUCCAUUCUACCUGUUUGAUGAGAUUGACGCUGCUCUGGAUCCUCAGUACAGAACGGCUGUUGGAAGCGUGGUCCGACGUCUGGCUGAUUCGGCAGACACCCAGUUCAUAGCGACUACAUUCAGGCCGGAGAUCCUGAAAGUCGCGGACAAGAUCUAUGGUGUGACACACAAGAACAGAGUGAGCUACAUCAAUGUGGUGUCCAAGGAUCAGGCCAUGGACUUCAUUGAGCAUGACCAGACGCACAAUGCCAGCUGAGGCUAGCAUUAUAUGGAAGACGAUGCUAAAUGUAGGAAAGUUUCUGUUGAUGUAUGCCUGGACAUGGUGAGGCCAUGGUUAAAUGUAGCUGUGUAUAUUUAGUUAAGUUAGCACCUGGAUUGGUAACUUGUUCCAAAUAUGCUUAGGGACAGUGUGUGAUGAAAGUUUUUUUAUGUUUUUCUUCAGUUUGUAUCCUACUGACGGAGUGCUGCUCGGAAUGGAUGUGUUAUACUUUCCUUU